AACAUUGUGUCAUCGAAGCACCACAUGGCUACAACAACCAGAAGAGAGAACAACUGAACAAGAACAAUGAAAGGUACGGCAGGUUUCUUUUGUACGACAUAUGUGACGGUUCAACGUUCAGUCAUGUGGUGUUGCCUCAAGUCAUUCACUGCUAAUCGUUAUCUGAACUGUGCUUGCCGGUCUGUAGAAUCAUAACACAUGUCCUUUGAAGUCCUAUUGUUCAUUGUCAAGCGAUUCCCAAGAUGUCGCUAAGUCGUGUUUCGGUCGUGUUGGCGAACCUUUCCAGAUGGGAUCGCUCCCAUUCUUGACCGUUGUAGCACUCGACACCGCCUACUUAGCCAACGCAACAAUUAUCGCUACACGUUGUCCGGAAGCUUUAUUUACUCGCUAUUGUUUUUCUUGAAAAGGACCUCUCCAUCGGACGCGGAUCAUUCGAUAGAUAUGAAUGCUCCCAUUCUAUCACGGAAGUACUUAUUUUGUCUGUCAAUGAGAUUUCUUGGCGGGAAACAAUGAAGUUGUUCUUUCGCUGGUUUAGCGUCUUUCAUCCACUAUAAAGCAGCUCGAUCCGGUUGAUCUCAAUGGCAAGGCUCGCGGUGCCUUCCACUUCCUCCUGGAAUCGCGCAUACCCUCACAAUGGCUCAGAGCGACUUCUUGCACCCUACCCUGAUGCUUCGUGACUAUGACGAUAGAUAUCAAAACGAAGAUGAAAGAAACAUUCACGUAUGGGCUUCGGCUCGCUCAUUGGUGCUGAGGCUUCGUGUAAUAGCAGGAUGCUAUCAGCACGGCGAUUUGACAUACGACACAUUUUUUAUGUGGCUGGCAGUCAUCGUUGAACGCGGACCGAAAGAGCUCGCACUCGUCCAUUGGGGUGAUCCUCGUAUUCGUGAUCUUCCGCAAGACGAGGAUGCUCUUAGCACAUGGCUACAGCAACAGCGCGCACCCGUCAUUAGGCAAGGAACAACGCGUAGUAGUAAUGUCAUUCCCGGACAUUACAUUCUCUUAGAUUGGGAUCCAUUGGCAAAUACUUUCUAUCUCCGAUGCCGUACACCCCUCCUUCCCGAAAUCUCCUCGCGCUGUUUGUCGGGAAAUGGGAGCGGGGGCACAGGUGCUUCAGUUAACCGGAGAGGUCGAAGCAAUGUAACCAAGAAGCUGGUCAGAAAGCGAGAUAUGGCUUGCCGCAUAACGCAAGAGCCUGCGACGUUACGUCCUCGUGGUGCUAAUUUUACCGCACUCGAGGUGGCGCAUAUAUACCCUCUGGCUGCACUCGAUCAAGCCAAUCGAUUAGUAUCGGCUAGUGUGUUCCCAUGGCUCAGUUCUCGAGACGCAGCUGAUAUGCCUUACAACGCGAUUCUCCUUCGAAGUGAUAUCCACAAUCUCUUUGAUGAUUACCAAUUUAGUGUUUGGAAAUAUGGCCGUGAGAACCGUGACAACUACAUCUAUCGUUUUGAAAAGGGUGGUGCUCCCGGCAUGCAGAAUUAUAAGCAAAUUUUUCCUCCGCGACCGGCCACUGAAGCAAAUCUCACUGCCGGACAUGCUUCUGUCACUAGUACCGAUGAUGUCUCUUGGGAUUUCUUCAAUGUUCAUUUCAGGACGGCGCUGCUGUGGCAUGUAUCUGGCCAAGGACGGUCUCCAUCCACCAAUGCGGUUCUCACCGCUGAAAUUAACCGGCCGGACCAGCAUCUGGCUCACUACCGCCUUCAGCCGGCAUAUUCAUUGCACAUUACGUAGAGCUUCAAUGAUGCUACGAAGCUAACAAUUGUUUCAUGGAUUACUAAUGCCUCGAAGUGGUAUAUAAUAUCUUCUUCGUGUUCGUAUGACUGUUCUCAAAUCAAUAUCAAUCUUCUUUUGUAUCGAUCUGAAACCUCUAAACUAAGCCAAAGCGGAGUCCAAAUGAUGGUCUCUAAAGACUUUAUGGAUUCUGUUGUUCCGUUGCACGAGAGUAGAAAAGAAUAUAUCAUGUUGUUUGAG